AAGUAAGUCCGUGUUUACACGGUGCGACCUCUGCGCAGAGCAUCUUCUCCCGAUUUCUCUGCAACCUCUCACUCCCGAUACCUCUCACUGCCGAUCCAGCGCCCACUCCAACCUCCGCCGUCGCCUCCGCCAGCAAGCCCACGCCACCUCUCCCACACCGCCGUCUGCCCGCGGAGAGGAGAGCACGGCCAGCCAAGCUCCAGCAACCGCCACCGACGCCUCCCCCAACGCCCGGAUCGAGCCCCAUCCUCCCCCGACAGCGCCCCCCGUCCGGAUCGAGCAAUUGGUCUUGCCGGCGGCGGGGUUGUUCUGGGAGUCGACGGGAGGCAAGCAGCAGAGGAGGGAGACUGGGAAGGAAAGAGUGAAUGGACUGUUAUUAUAAUGUUCUAUUGUCAGUCUGCCGUGGGAGUUGAGCUGUUAUAUGAGAUCACGAGAAAAGCAUGUGCAUGUGCUCUCAUUUAAUUGGCACAAUAUAGUAUUUGGUAAGUUUGGCUGACAUUGUGGUGAGUAUUUAGACGGUUAGACACACCACAAAUUCUUCUACAUUCGAUAUGCCAUCAUGGUGGGGGAAGUCUUCCUCAAAAGAUGCAAAGAAAACUACCAAAGAGAACCUCAUCGAAACAUUUCAUCGUUUCAUAAGUCCAAAUGAGCAAAAGGGAACCACAAAGUCAAAACGGGGUUUUAGACGUGGCAAUGAUACAGCUGUUGAAAAAGGCUGCCGAUCUACCACAGUAUCUCGUCCAACUUCGCCCUCAAAAGAAGUCUCUCGCUGUCAAAGCUUUUCAGCUGAUAGGUUACAUUCCCAACCACUUCCGGUUCCUGGGUUACGUCCUGCAGUAACACGCACCGUUUCUGACAUCACUGAAUCAAAGCCUAUAUUGGAAAAACGUGGCAAACCACCACUGCUUCUGCCACUUCCUAAACCUAGCAAGCCUCAGAAAAGGUCUGGAAAUAGUGGACUUGUUUCAGAAAUAGUGAUUGCUUCAAUCUCUAGCAACUGUUCUGCUGACAGUGAUGAUCGUGGAGAUUCUCAGCUUCCAAGCCCGGUGGGAAUUGAUGCUGAUAACACAACAAAUGUUACUCCGAAGAGCAAGUCAAGUAUUGUGCGCAAAGACCGUCCUGGUGCUAUUGCCACAAAGAAUACAAAGGAGAUGACGAAGACAGCUAAUCAAUUCCUCGGUAACCAUAUAUUAUCCACAUCACCGAGAGGUAUUGUAGCUGACAAUCAUCAAUCCAAUUUACUAAAUCAACGGCCAGUAGUUUUGGAGAGUGCUCCCAAUAGUUUGAUGUCAAGCCCAUCUAGAAGUCCAAGAAGAAUAUGCCCUGAUCAUAUUCCAACUUCAGCCUUUUGGGCAGUGAAGCCUCAUACAGAUGUUACUUUCCUUGGCUCUGGACAGUGCUCCAGUCCAGGUUCAGGGCAAACAUCUGGGCAUAAUUCGGUGGGUGGUGAUAUGCUUGCCCAGCUUUUUUGGCAGCCCAGCAAAGGUAGUCAAGAGUGUUCACCAAUUCCUAGCCCAAGAUUGACAAGUCCAGGUCCUAGUUCAAGGGUGCAUAGCGGAAGUGUUUCUCCAUUGCAUACGAGGUCUGGAGUGAUGGCACCUGAAUCUCCAAUAAGUCGGAAUGAUGGUGGGAAGAAGAAGCAAACCCACAGAUUGCCCCUUCCACCACUGAGCAUCUCUAAUAGUUCAUUUUUUCCAAACAAGUCCACGCCAGCUAGUCCUAUUUCAGUUUCUCGUAGUCCUGGUAGAACAGAGAAUCCACCAUGUCCUGGAUCAAGAUGGAAGAAGGGCAAGCUGAUUGGUCGCGGGACAUUUGGCCAUGUAUAUGUUGGCUUUAACAGUGAUAGCGGUGAAAUGUGUGCUAUGAAAGAGGUUACACUAUUCUUGGAUGAUUCUAAGUCAAAAGAAAGUGCAAAGCAGUUGGGGCAGGAAAUAUCACUCUUGAGCCGCUUACAACAUCCAAAUAUUGUACGAUACUAUGGAUCAGAAACGGUUGAUGACAAGCUCUAUAUAUACUUGGAGUAUGUGUCUGGUGGAUCUAUCCAUAAACUUCUGCAAGAGUAUGGACAGCUUGGUGAACCAGCAAUGCGCAGCUAUACUCAGCAGAUACUUUCAGGCUUGGCUUAUUUGCAUGCUAAGAAUACAGUCCAUAGGGAUAUCAAAGGCGCAAACAUACUAGUGGAUCCUAGUGGUCGUGUUAAGCUUGCAGACUUUGGAAUGGCUAAACAUAUCAAUGGGCAUCAAUGUCCUUUCUCAUUUAAGGGUAGUCCAUACUGGAUGGCUCCAGAGGUUAUAAAAAGUUCAAAUGGUGGAUGCAACCUUGCGGUUGACAUAUGGAGUUUAGGAUGCACAGUCCUGGAGAUGGCUACAUCAAAACCACCAUGGAGUCAGUACGAAGGGAUUGCUGCAAUGUUCAAGAUUGGAAAUAGCAAGGAACUUCCACCAAUACCAGAUCACCUCUCGGAGCAGGGCAAGGACUUCAUUAGGAAGUGUCUGCAACGUGAUCCUUCUCAACGUCCCACAGCAAUGGAGCUUUUGCAACACCCGUUCAUACAAAAUAGAGUCCCACUUGAGAAAUCUGUUAUUUCUGAUCCAUUGGAACAUUUGGCUGUGAUAUCUUGUAGACCGAAUUCCAAGGUGGCUGGGCAUACAAGAAAUAUCUCCUCAUUGGGAUUGGAGGGUCAGACCAUCUACCAGAGAAGGGGCGCAAAGUUCUCUUCAAAACACAGCGACAUCCAUAUAAGGAGCAAUAUAUCAUGUCCAGUUUCUCCAUGUGGAAGUCCUCUGCUAAGGUCAAGGUCUCCUCAACAUACAAAUGGCAGAAUGUCACCCUCUCCAAUUUCGAGCCCUAGAGCUACUUCAGGCACUUCCACUCCCCUGUCUGGUGGGAAUGGGGCUAUUCCUUUUAAUCAUUUAAAGCAACCAACCUACAGCAAUGAAGGAUUUGCAAUCGCAUCAAGAGGCCCGGACGAUCAUUUCCCCAGCCGGCCUACAGAUCCUAUCCUUGGGCAAUAUGUUCGAGUACAUCAGGUCUCACAGGGGCUUCAGGAUAGGGUAGUAUCUGAAGCUGACAUUCUGAGCCCCCAAUUUGGAAAGAGGCUCGAAAAUGUUUUUGAUUUGCGUGAUAGACUGUCACCUUCUGAACAUUUCAAUCGCCAUGCCUUUGUGGAUCAUGUGAAGUCAAAUCCUUCACUAGACUUCACAUCUGGUUCUCCACACCUUGGACUCAGGCAUGAUAACUAAAUUUUAAGGCCAAGUGGUAUUUUUUGGAGCUUGGUAAGGUAACUGAGUGGUGUUCUGCUACUUUGGCCGUUCAGUAACUGGAAUUGUAUGAUAGUAUGACCGUAUGAGAAUUAUCAUUAAUUUAUUUUGAAGCUAACAGUUAAUGAUGGAUGGGUUCUUCGUUGUCAUCCACACAAAUAGACAAAGCAGACCGUCCAUACCUGUCAGGCAGAACAAGGCGUUGCAUACUACAACUGGCGUGCUAACAGGUGUCAAAUGACAGGACUGUAUACUAGAUACCCUACAGACUGAAGGACCCAGCCAGAGUAGUAGUUCGCCACCUGUAUACUCACUCUCUUGCCAUUAUAUGUAACCUUUCCUUGGCGUCCUGAUGCCAAUGUACAGAAGGAAUCUCAAGAGCCAAGAUUUUUGCACAGCAGAAACAGUUGAGCCAUUCAGUACCGCAUUUUUUAACAGCUACACAUCUCACCCGUGGUUGAAGCUACUGCUGCAAGUUACCUGCAUGCUGGAAGUACUUCGCAGCAGCGCCCCCUGCCGAUGAGCCAACUCAUUCACUGUACCAGUUACCCUGGAAAUCUAUACAAAGAAUCUGAUCCCUGAUUAAAUUAGCUUGCUCCAUAUGUAUAAUUUUUCAGAUCUGCCACCCACGUUGUCCAUAAUUUCAUAUUGAACCCGUAUAUAAACCUUCUCUGCUUAACUGCUGGUAGUUAUAUUCAUGCAAGCAGCAAGUUACAGGCUAUGCGUUAUGCACAUGUUUUUGUGCAAGCUGUUUUUUUACUAUUA